AUAAAUAGCAGCUCUACGGCCCUGGCUCCUCUCUGCAUCCUUCCCACCUUUCCAACAAUAUGCAUCUUGCCAGUGUGUUUAGCUUCUGCUCCCUUCUGCUGCUAUUGGGGGCCCUGCCGGGAUGGGCAGCCAAGGAAGACCCUCUUGAGAAGGUCAUUGAAGGUAUCAACCGAGGGCUGACCAGUGCAGAGAGAGAAGUGGGCAAGGCCCUGGAAGGCAUUAACAACGGAAUCACUCAAGCUGGGCGAGAGGUGGAGAAAGUGUUUAAUGGACUUGGCAACACGGGGAGCCAGGCUGGCAAGGAUCUGGACAAGGGCAUCCAGGGGCUCAACCACGGCUUGGACAAGGUAGCCCAUGGGAUCAAUAAUGGCGUUGGACAAGCAGGAAAGGAAGCAGAGAAGUUUGCCCAUGGGGUCAACAACGCUGCUGGACAGGCCGGAAAGGAAGCAGACAAAGUGGCCCAAGGGUUCCAUGAUGGGGUCAACCAGGCCGGGAAGGAGGCAGAGAAACUUGGCCAAGGGCUCAACCAUGCUGCUGGCCAGGCCGGAAAGGAAGCAGAGAAACUUGGCCAAGGUGUCCACCAGGCUGCUGGCCAGGCCGGGAAGGAGGCCGACAGGUUGCAGCAGAAUGUUCAUAAUGGGGUCCACCAAGCCGGCAAGGAUGCCAACCAGCUGCUGAAUGGCGGCCAUCAAGGAGGCUAUACCGGCCAGCAUGGAGGGGCCGCCACCACAGCAACAUCUGGAGCCUCAGUCAACAAGCCCUUCAUCAGCUUCUCAGCUCUGUGGCAGAGCGUCGCCAACAUCAUCCCUUGAACUGAGGCACCAGACUUUCGAGCAGACUGACUUAGCUGUGGUUCCUUCAGCUGAAGUGACAGAGGACCUGGGGUGGGGUGGGGUAGGGGUGGGUGGGUGGUAAAUAUC